ACAAUAUAUAGAAAAAUUCAUACAUAUAACAAAUCGAUAUUACGUUUUCGUUAAUACUUAAUAAUACUAAAAGAAUAAAAGUAUUUAAACAUGUAUAUAGUUUGUUGAAAGUUUUUUGGAAAUGUAAACAAGAAGAAAAACACGAGGAAAAAUGUAUUCGCUUCUAUGAUAAAGAAUUACGUCAAUAAGGUUAACUGCUUUACAUAUAUUUAAUUGAUCCAUUGAAAUAAAAAAACAUUUCAAUUUCCUAAAAAAACAAAUAGAAGUUAUUGAAAUGGGAGCUGGACAAAGUGCUCGCAAGCUUACUAUUAACAAUGAAGAAGACAUAGAUGUUAUCAAGGUAUCAAAUGCAGUUGUACAACAAUUGACUCGCAAAGCAAACGAAACAGCUUCCGAACCAAUAAACAAAGUAAGAUCUACUACUUUGACACAAUCAUCUCCUAAUAUGGUUGUAUCUCCAACAAUACCUCAGAGUGGCAAUGUACCAAUGACUUCUGGAUAUCCUGUUUAUUAUUACCCACAAUUAACAUUAACUGCUCUUGAAAUACAGCAACAGAAAGAGCAAGAACUUUAUAAUCAAGACCAAUAUUGGCAAGAACGUUUAGAAAAUUUGGAAAAGAAUCACUUAAAAAUUAAUAGCAUUAUGGAUCAGGAAUACAAAAGAGCUGCAGAAGAAUUAUAUACAAGUGAUCAAAAGAAUGUGAAUAUUCAAGAUGCCGUACAACCAUGUUUAGAGAGUUCUACAAAAGUACUAAAGUGUUACCAAGAACAUCCUAAAGAAAUUCUGAUGUGUUCUAAUUUAGUCCAAGAAUUUUCUGAUUGUGUAGAUCAACGCCGUGCCUGUGUGAUUGCAGCACGUUGUUAAUAUCUUUCAAUAUGAAACACCGUAGUUCUAUUGUUUUAUAGUAGUCAAAACUAUUAUGAAGUUUAACAUUGUUUAAUAACAAAAUUUUUAGUCAUUAAUAAUAAAUUACGUAAUACAUC